AUGCUGCAUCAGAAUCAGUGCCUUCUUGAUCAUCGCCAUUUCGAGAAUGCGAACGCGAAUCGCGGCUUGGACUACGAUUUCCCACCGAACGCGACUUUGACCGAUCGACUGACUUUGAUUUGCUGCGUGAAUCGCGCAUUCUUGGCGACUUUGAAAUGCCACGGGAAUCACCAUGGCGUGGAGAUCGUGAACGCUUUGGACUCCUGUUUGAGCGUUUUGGGGAACGUGAAUAGCUGCGUGAACGCGUCCUAUAUUCACGACUUCUGCUUCUUGGUGAGCGGCUUCGUGAUCUGCGAACAAUGUCAUAAGAAAAUUCAAGAUUAUUUUUCAGAGUUAUGA